CUCCAGUCUAUUCCUGCUGCUGCUGCUACUGGCGUGGGCAUUGGCAGCGCGCAUUAUUUGGCUUUCGUUUUCUGUGCAGGUUAUUGAAUGCGUUAGGCGCCCAUGGCUUCCACUACGGAUCGGUCGGACUACCCGGCUUUGCUGCAAAAAGUACAGCCGACGCAAGCGGUGGAUAUCCUGAACGACCGAGUGACGCAGAUCAAGAGAUUGAAUAUCACCAUUGCAGACUGGCUUCAAGAGCGUAGUAAGCUUGAGGAGCAAUAUGCUGCAGGUCUGCGAAGGCUUGCGCGCAAGCCGAUUGGGGAUGAGGACCUUGGCAUCUUCACCGUGCCAUGGGGCUCGUUGACCAGCUCAAUGGAGGCUCUGGCCGAAUCGCACACGUCUCUAGCGUCCCGGAUCGAGAUCGAUGUCGAGAAACCGCUCCGCGAGUUCGCCAACAAUAACCGCGACAUUCAGGCGAUGCCGACCAUACAGGGAAACUUGACCCAGAUAGCGAAAGAGAUCGAGAAAGCACAAAAGGCGGCGGAAAAGCUACAAGGCAAGGGCGAGAGCGCAGAUGCGAAUAAAGUGGCCAAUGCCAGCUCGGAUCUGGAAAAUGCGCGAGCGCAAUGGAAUUCUCAGGCGCCGUUUGUCUUCGAUAACCUGCAGACAUUGGAUGAGACGCGUCUGAAUCAGCUGCGCGAUGCCCUGACGCAGUUCGUGACACUGGAUGUGGACCAAAAUGAGAAGAGUCGUGGUGCUGGAGAGCAGGCAUUGAAUGUGCUGCUCAACGUGGAGCCAGCUGACGAGAUCAAAAUGUUUGCAAUCAAGGCCGCGAAUCGCAGACAGAGCGAAGUACGACAUGCACAUCGUGCGAGCAUGUUCGUGCCGAGCUCCUCCUCAGGUGCCCAACAGAUACCUGACGACGCGCCUGGCUCGACACCGGAACCGCAAAAGAAGGGAGGAUUCAAAGGACUCAAGCGGCUUGGUACUGUCAUGUCGCGACGGUCGAGCAAGCAGCCACAACAGCUCCCAACUACGGAAGAAUCGCCAGAGCGGAAGCCCAAGUCAUCACCCUUUGGUCGUCUAGGACGCAACAAGAAUUCUUACUCCAUGGAGCCGCCGCAGGAAGAAGCCGAGUCUUCGUCUCGCCGUCCCACUUCAUCGUUCAGACAAGGAAGCGAGAUCUCGGAAGUUCCGCGAACGCAAGAGUCAGCCAUGUCAUCCUCGCAAGCACCUCAGCUUGGGCCAAUUCCGCACAUUAAUGGCAGUGGUUCCGGCCCUACAAGUGCAACAUCGGCUCUUGCCCCUGCCUUCCCGUCUAUGGUCGCCAAUGGUAGCCAUCAGAACGAUCUGGCUGAUCUUGAGCCACCAAGAGCAGUGCAGCCGCCGCCGGAGCCUCGCAGGGAUAACGAGGGAUUUUCUGUGCCUCCUCAGCAGCUGGAUCCGAUAUCCCAAGCACAAGCAGAUGCAGCGGAGCUUGGAGACAGGCAGGAACCACAGUUCAACGUGAACAUUAGAAAUGCGCCUAUCCAAGAGGAGGGGGCUGAUGCUGCUCUGGCGAGCAUGGCGAACAAACUCGCACCUCCUCCAACUCAAAAGAGAGGCGGUACCAUUCGCGGCCGGCGUGACAACCGUAAUAGUGCUAUAGUAAGCACGUACGGCGCGCCAGAUGGAUUCUCCUCCGAUACAGCGAACUCGACAACCUCUUUGGAGAAUCAAAGAAGCGAGCCUUUUGCGCCUGCCCCAGUGGCUACGAGUCCUCCGGCGAUAGCGCCAGCUGUCAUACAAUCUCCAGCACCGACAUCGCCUCAGGCGGCAGCACCUGUCCUUCUCCAGUCGCCUUCGGGAGCAUUCAGCCCAGCCGGCGCAGGGCAAACGGCAUUUGCACCCUUCAGUCCACCCAGCGAGCCACAAUCUCCUGUGCAGCCCAGCUAUGCUGCACCUCUGGCAGCGCAACACACUGGCGACAAUCAUUCAAUCCGCUCUGGUCGUUCGCUACAGAGCUCGGCCAGCUAUGCACAAAGACAUCCCGAGCUUUCGAGCCCCGGCUUGAGCUCUUCGAUCAUUGAGACUGUCUCUGCUCGGUUUGAGAAUGGGCAGCUAGCAUCUUCUUCGCUGAUUGGCGAGAUCGCCCUUGCGUACCAUCCUGAUGCUUCAGUCCCUUCGUCAGGACAUGAGACUAUUCGCCUGGAGAACUUUGGACAACUUGAUAAGGUCGCACCGAAUCCAGCCUUCAUCGGCCAAGCUUCCGGACGUGAAGGCGAGUAUUCUGUCAAUCUGGCAAAUAUCGCCAAGACAUCUGUCGCUUUCAAGUACCAGGUGCGCGGCGAAGCGGCACAGUCGCAAACACCUGUUCUCUUGACCCCAGCAUUCAAACUUGACGAGAAUCUGGCCAUGGUCAUCGUCAGCUAUGCACUACAUCCCAGCUUCGCCGCGCUAGGAAGCGACAGCGUUACACUUCACAAUGUCACUAUCGCCCUCACCCUUGAAGGUGCCAAAGCCACGAGCUGCCAGUCCAAACCUGUCGGCACUUUCUCCCGGGACAAGAAUUUGAUCUUCUGGCAAUUGGAUGAGAUCACAUUACGUCCUGGCGGCGAAGCCAACAAGCUCUUAGCAAAGUUCGUUACUGAGGGCAAGCCUACGGGCGGCUACGUGGAAGGACGCUUUGAGAUCUCGGGUGAGCAGGCACAGGGUCUUGGAAGUGGCCUCGCUGUCAGUGUGCUUGGCACUGAUGGAGCAGCCGCUGCCGCCGACCCUUUUGCGGACGAGAGCGUCGCGGCUGCUGCUUCUUCGGCCGCAGCUUGGAGGAACGUGCCGACACAGAAGAAGUUGACCAGUGGGCAGUAUAUUGCUAGAUCGUGAUUGGUCGUUUUUGGGUGAGCUUGUCGGUCUCUUUUGUACAUAUGUAAUGAUACCCAUUCCUUUGCAUGUGGUGUAGAGAGGAGAAGGAUAUAUAGUAUGAAAUGAAAGCUCGCUAUUGUUCAUCGUGCUGAAUGUUUCUCUGCUUCCGUCAUUCUGGGCAGUUUGUUUUCUGUGCUGUCUUGAGGAAGGAAACGCUGCGUGGAAUUGCAUCGGCAUGCCGAAGGUCGGCCGGGGUUGAGUAACUUCCUCUGCUACCAUACAAUACUUAGUUGGCACCUGCAAUGAUUCGUCUUUCAACAUGCCAGAUUGCAGUGUCAGUACGCAUUGACGCUUCUACCACACAGCACUUCGUUUACGCCUGCAGUGAUUCGUCUUUUGACUUGCCAAAUUGCAAGUUCCAAUAUGCUUUCCCUCACCCAUUGGCACCAGACGCGUUUUGUCUCUCUGAAUGGCUACCCAUCAUUGUUUCCAGGUGUGCAUCGACUGUUGAGUUUCUCGACAACCUUUCAACGAUGCCAUGGAUGUGAAGAUGCCACCUCUCUGCUGGCAGUUCGCAAGCACAAAAGGCCCUCUCUUCCCUCUUUCCUUCUCUUCUUCUUCUUCAUCGAUCUCGAAUCCAUAGUGACGCCUUGGUGCCCUUAAA